AUGGCCAACCCUUCCGGAUUCGUCUCCUUUAGAAAGCCAAUCACCCACGUCGUUUUCGACAUGGACGGUCUUUUGCUAGACACAGAGAAGUUCUGUAAUCAAGUUCAGGAAAUCAUACUUGCUAGAUACAACAAAACCUUUGACUGGAACGUGAAGGUAAAGAUGUUGGGGAAGAAAGCAUUAGAAGCUGCUAGGAUCUUUGUUGAGGAAGCAGGAAUCAGUGAGUUUCUCAGCGCUGAACAAUUUCUGAUUGAUAGAGAGGAUAUGCUGCAGGCAUUAUUUUGGAAGACUGAGUUUAUGCCAGGUGCUGCUCGUCUAAUCAGGCAUUUACAUGCCAAAGGAAUUCCAAUUUGCUUAGCAUCAAGUUCUCACAGGCUACAUUUUGAGCUGAAAACUCAAAGACAUCGUGAACUAUUUUCUUUGUUGCAUCAUGUUGUUCUUGGCGAUGACUAUGAGGUUAAGCAGGGCAAGCCUUCCCCAGAUAUAUUUUUUGCUGCAGCCAAGAGAUUUGAGGGUGGGCCAAUAGAUCCUCAUAACAUUCUGGUUUUUGAAGAUGCACCCUCUGGAGUUCUUGCAGCCAAGAGAGCAGGAAUGCGUGUUGUUAUGGUCCCUGAUCCAAGGCUGGACAAAACUUUUCAUAAGUUAUCAGAUCAAGUUUUGAAGUCACUGCUGGACUUCAACCCUGUCGAGUGGGGUCUGCCUCCUUUUGAAGAUACCAAUGGAAGAUGA